ACUGCGUCUCCACAGCCAAUCGGGAAGCGCAGAGUCGGUUCAAAUAAAGACGGCGGGUGGACAUGGGGUUCGCGAAUCUUUCGGGCAGGUGAUCGAUCUGCGUCUUGUGUUAAAGAUGUGGAGGGUGAAGAAACUGAACCUCGGCCUGUCGCCUUCGCCUCAGCCGGGGAAACCAGCUAUGAGGACUCCUCUCCGAGAGCUCAUGCUGCAGCCCAGUCCCCUCAGCAACUCUGGAAAAAUGUCGCCUGCGUGCUCCUCGCUGACCCCAUCGCUGUGCAAGCUGGGGCUGCAGGCAGGUGACAACAAUUUCUCUCCACUGGAUUUUGUCAAUGCCAGGAGGACAGACUCCCCUUCAGAACAAUUCAGCCAUUCCUCACAGUGGCUAGAUGCUUGUCAGUAUAAAUUAGAUGAGCAGCUGCAAACCAAUUUUAUUCCCAAAACUUCUGAGGAAACAGUAGACUCAAUGGACAACAGUGUGGUUAAGACCAUGGUCUUUGUACCUUCUGCACCGGGGGAGCAGCAAGACAUCACACUUGAGGCCCAUUCAGAUGCUGUGACAGAGACAAACAAUACGUCUCUAGAUGAGCCUGUGAGGCCAGAAGAUGUGGUGAGAAAGAAGGUGGCGCCUUCCGUGGAAGACAGCUUUUUGGAAGUGGUUGCUGCUGUGCCUGAGAAACUGGCAUGUCAGGAUGCUGCAGCCUGUCUGGAGCAUCUACCAGAUCCCUGUUCCGAGCAACAACUACACUGCUCCAAGGAAGCCCUGGGGGUCAGGAGGCCUGAGGACUUGGUACCUUCUGAAAGAAAUGCCUUCUUGCCUUCCAGCCUCUGCCUUUUCCCUUCAACUGCCUUGGAAACAGAUUUCCCUGUUGAUCAGGUCGACUCAGGGGAGGAAACUGCAGCUCACAGAGCUAGAGGGGAAAGAGAGAUGAGCUUUCCCACACUCCCUGAUGUGAUUAAACUGGAAGAUGAAGCAUUUGUCUCAAAUGUGGAGAAUGUUCCUUCCAUGUGCCUUUCACCAAAUCCAGUAGAAAUGGAAUCCCAAGGAGCUUCAGGCCCAGCAGAAGAUGCUGGUAGGAUUCUUGCCUCUGAUUCAGAGUCUUGGAUGUCUCCAUUGGCCUGGUUAGAAAAAGAUAUAAAUACCUCAGUCAUGCUGGAAAAUCUCCGCCAAAGCUUAUCCCUUCCCUCUGUGCUUCCGGAUGCUGGGCUUGGCACUACUCCUUUCUCUACCUGUUCCGUGGGGACUUGGUUUACUCCCCCAGCACCACAGGAAAAAAAAACAGACAAAUCCCAGGCAGAAGCAGUGGGUACUGAGGAUAGUGCUUCUGAGACACAGCAUCUCCCAUGGGGCCGUCCUCCAGAUCUGACUACCUUGUCUCGACAUGACCUAGAAGAUAACCUGCUGAGCUCCCUUGUCCUUCUGAAGGUUCUCUCCCAUCAGCUACAGGCCUGGAAGAGCCAGCUGGCUGUCCCCCGCCUAGAAGCCCAGGACAGUAGUACACAGACAGACACCUCUCCAAAUGGGAUAACUAGGGAACCUCAAUAUCUUCAAGAGAGCCAAGAGAUUGGACAGGCCUUGCAGCAGGCCAGGAAUGUCAUGCAAUCAUGGAUGCUAGUUUCUAAAGAGCUGACAUCCCUGCUUCACCUGUCCCUGCUGCACUUAGAGGAAGAUAAACUCACUGUGAGUCAGGAGUCUCGACAUGCAGAAACACUGGUCUCCUGCUGUUUUGAUAUGUUGAAGAAACUGAAGGCAAAGCUCCAGAGCCUCAGUGCAGAAAAAGAAGAGGCAAGGCACAGAGAGGAAAUGGCCCUCAGAGGCAAGGAUGCGGCAGAAGCAGUGCUGGAGGCUUUCUGUGCACAUUCCAGCCAACGCAUCAGCCAGCUAGAACAGAACUUGACCUCCAUGAAGGAAUUCAGAGACCUCCUGAAGCAGACCCAGACCCAACUGGUAGAGCUUCAGAAAGAGCAGGAAGGGCUGAUCCAGCAAACAGUGAGUCUGACUUCUACCUUGCAACAGGACUGGCUAUCCAUGCAACUGGAUUACACGACAUGGACAGCUUUGCUGAGUCGGUCUCAACAGCUCACAGAGAAACUCACAGCCAAGAGCCGGCAGGCUCUCCAGGAGCGUGAUACUGCAAUUAAGGAUAAGCAGCAGGUUUCCAGGGAGCUGGAACAAGUCUCUGCUCAUUUAGAGCACUGCAAAGGCCAAAUAGAACAACUGGAGUUAGAAAACAGUCGCCUAGCAACAGAUCUCCGAGCUCAGCUGCAGAUUCUGGCCAGCGUGGACAGCCAGCUAAAAGAGCUGCAGAGUCAGCAUGCCCAUUGUGCUCAGGACCUGGCUACAAAGGAUGAGUUGCUCUGCCAGGUUACCCAGAGCAAGGAGGAGCAGGCUGCUCAAUGGCAAAAGGAAGAGGCAGCACUAAAACACAUGCAGGCAGAACUGCAACAGCAACAGGCUGUUCUGGCCAAGGAGGUGCAGGACCUGAAGGAGACCCUGGAGUUUGCAGACCAAGAGAAUCAGGUUGCUCACUUGGAGCUGGGCCAGGUUGAGUGUCAGUUGAAAGCCACGCUGGAAGUGCUCCGGGAGCGCAGCCUGCAGUGUGAGAACCUCAAGGACACCGUGGAGAACCUAAAGGCUGACCUGGCCAACACCAUAGCAGAGAACCAGGAGCAAGACCUGGAGAAGACACGCCAGUGUUCACGAGAGCUAGGGUUGCUUACUGAACAGCUGCAGAGGCUGACCCUCUUCCUACAGACAACACUAAAGGAGAAGGCUGAACCAGAGACUCCUCUGCUGAGCACAGCCCAUGAUCCCAUGCCCAGUGACAGCACCUUCUCAGGCAGCAUCAUGACAGCAGUGACAGAUGAAGAGCCAGAAUCAGCUCCUGUGCCCUUGCUUGGAAGUGAAAAGAGUGCUUUCACCCGAGUAGUGUCAGUGGUUUCCCUUCAGUCUGCAGGACUUUGUUUUUCAGAGACCCCCAGCAUGGAGACAAGCCUGGCAGAAAUGAGUACUAUGAUUCUCAAGCUUCAGAGCCUGUGUUCCCAAGUGCAAGAGUCAAAAGAAGAAGCCAUCAGCACUCUGCAGCAAAAAAUUUGCGAUCUGCAGGCUAGGCUGCAGGCUGAGGAGGAAGAGCAUCAGGAAGCCCAGAAGGCAAAGGAAGCAGACAUAGAGAGGCUGAACCAGGCCCUGUGCUUGCGCUACAAGAAUGAAAAGGAGCUCGAGGAAGUAAUACGGAAGCAGAACGAGAAGAUCCUAGAGCAGAUCGACAAGAGUGGCGAGCUCAUAAGUCUUAAAGAAGAGGUGACCCAGCUUACCCGCUCACUUCGGCGUGCAGAGACAGAAACUAAGGUGCUCCAGGAGACCCUGGAAGGCCAGCUGGACCCUAACUGUCAGCCCAUGGCCACCAACUGGAUCCAGGAGAAAGUGUGGCUCUCUCAGGAGGUGGACAAGCUGAGAGUGAUGUUUCUGGAGAUGAAAAAUGAGAAGGCAAAACUCGUAGUCAAGUUCCAGGGCCAUAGAAACAUCCUAGAAGAGAACCUUCGGCGCUCUGACAAAGAGCUAAAGAAAUUAGAUGACAUCGUUCAGCAUAUAUAUGAGACUCUGUUGUCCAUCCCAGAAGUAGUGAAGGGUUGCAAGGAACUGCAAGGAUUGCUGGACUUUCUGAGCUAAGAAACUGAGUGCUGGAAUGCGCCGUACUCCUUUUUGCCUACAGUACCCCUUACCCCUCUACCAGGACCAACUGGCCUAGAGCCGACUAUAUGUAAUACUAUUUAAAUAAAGUGUAUUUAAUUACUUCUUCAAGAUCACUGAA